AUGCUGUGGUGCACGGCAUGUUUUGAAGCACUGUCUGGAUCCGAUGAAACAACUGAUAAAACAAAGAAUGCAAUCGAAGGUGGAGGGGCUAAAGGUGACGGUGGUGGUGGUGGAGUGGGAAGAUUUGGGAUAGGAACUCCCACUGCAAACGUUUCUAUAUGUGUGGGAGAUGGAGGUGGCAUUGAUAAUGAUGGUGACAGCAGUGGAGUGAGAGGUAAAUCUGGAAUAAGAACUCCUACCACAUCUGCUUUGGAGGCUUCCAUCACUAGGGAAGCUGGAGGUGGUGGUGAUGGUAGUAGUGAUGGAGUGAGGAGUAGCAGAUUUGGGAGUGGAAUUGGGAUUGGCAUUCCCACCACAUCAAGUUUGGACACCUUUAGUGCUGUGUUAUUUAUUGGUGGUGGUAGAACAUAA